CACCGAUAACUCCUACCGGAUGCUCACCACAGGCCACAUCUUUAUGUUCUCACAACUUGACCAUUUAAUCUUAAACUGCAGAAAAUGGCCGUACUGUCUGGAAGUUCUAGUUGGUCCGCGUGGUUUUUCCUAAUUGCGCUGGUAACAAUAAUAUAUCGAUCCGCGGGAAAGCCGUCGCAGCUGAUAGUAUGCAGUCAGCCGGAUAGUUUCACGGUCCAAAUAACCGAAAACGAACGUGUUGUUUACGGCACCGAAUUAUUAAUCAGAUACAAUCCACGAGUCGGAAUUUUCUCUUAUCCCGAGAUAAAGCCAGUGAAUGUUGUCUUCGACGAAGCCGUCAUAGAAUUCAAAGGACGUGUGUCAUCUGAACACCCGGUGAACCAACGGUAUACCUCAUCCGAAAAACUUUCUUGGAACGCUAGUGGUAUCAUUUUAGGAAUCGGUACGCUCCAAAAACUAAGCAAGGAUGAUUAUGCAGUCCAAGACUGUCGUUUAUUUUUACCGACGGAUAUCAAAGGCAGCACUAAUCUACCAAGAGCUGUGGAAGAAGCGAUUAUUUAUUACGCUCAAUCCUGUGCCAAACAAUAUCUUUGUCAGAGAAUAGGAAUAUUAAAAGCAGAACAACUUCAACAUAUCAACAGCUAUAACGAAUACGGAUAUAAUAUAGCUCGUGUUAUUCGUCCUAACAUCCCAAGAGUUGACUUAUGCAUGAACGUUCCCGUGGAAAUCUUUCUCAAAAAAGCGAUAAAUUACAUUAAGCAGAAUGAAAGAUCCAUAAUUACAAUUCCUAGUGUAACGGAAACAUAUAAUAUGGGACUUGGAAUGAAAUGUCAUUUCGACACAAAUAAAGGAACCUUCGAAGAUCUCUCGACUUUAAAGAGAACGGACGAUGCAGUCAUGUCCAACGUAGGGCGAACACAGAUCAUACAAGCUGGCUUUGGACUUUCCAUGGCUAGGUUUAAGUAUAAUUAUUACAAGCUUAGAGUUGGCUUAAUCACGGUCAGUGGUAAUAUACUCGGAACUGUUAAUGGAUUAGCAAUAGCAGCAAAACUAAUAAUUGAUUAUGACAAAACGUGCGGCAUAAAUUUGGAGUACGUCAAAGUGACGAAACUUGGCGAAAUCAAACUAGAAAUGACCGGUUUAGGUCCACUCAACAGUUUAACAUCCAAAGUACUGACUUGGUUGACGAGAAUGUGGAAAGACAGAAUUGUUAAAGCUGUCGAAGUUAACGCCAGGAAUAUUGCUGAGGAACAAUUAAGCGAAUUUAUUUGUAAAAAUGAUGAAGUUGCAUCUUCAAAUAUUUCCUUGAAUUAUAAUUACACAAACUUUACAAUUUAAAGCAAACUUUCGAGUGAGUAUGCGAUAAGCAUGUAAUUGAAAAAAGGUUCACAUACUAUGAUAUACAUACACACAAUAGUAUAUUUAAAAUACAAUAUUAUCUAUACUAUUACUUUUUAUAUAAAUAUCUAAAUCAUUGUUAGAAAUUUUGUACAAAAUUUUAACGUGUCUUAAGAAUAAACGAUUAUUUUUGUUGUAUUUUAUAGUAAAGUAACUAUAAAAAAAACUAAAAAUUUGCUAUAUCUGCAAAAUUUUCUCUAUUAUUCUCACCAUUUUAUAUUACACAUGUAUAUAACACAUAAGUAUGUGUAAUUUUUGAAAUAUAUCUUUUCAAAAAUA